GAAAGAAAGGUUGAGCGCACCUUCAUCGCCGUCAAACCGGACGGCGUCCAGAGAGGCCUGAUCGGAGAAAUCGUCAAGCGCUUCGAACAGAAGGGCUUCCGCCUGGUGGCCAUGAAGUUCCUCCAGGCGUCUGAGGACUUGCUGAAGCAGCAUUACAUCGACCUGAAGGACCGGCCUUUCUAUCCUGGACUGGUCAAGUACAUGAGCUCCGGGCCGGUUGCUGCGAUGGUGUGGGAGGGUCUGAAUGUUGUGAAGACUGGAAGGGUGAUGCUGGGAGAGACCAAUCCUGCGGACUCCAAACCCGGCACCAUCAGGGGCGACUUCUGCAUUGAAGUGGGCAGGAACAUCAUCCAUGGCAGUGACUCUGUGGACAGUGCAAAUAAAGAGAUCAGCUUGUGGUUCAAGCCUGAGGAGCUGGUGUCUUACAAGAGCUGUGCACAAGACUGGAUCUAUGAGUAAACCGCAGACUAGCUACCAAACACUGAAUCAUGCCUUUCCUCACAGACCAGUCAUCAGUAAUGGACCCGAGUUUGCUUGAUCUUGUCUUUUCUGAAGCACUUGUUCAAUAAAUCAAGAUAUCCCACA